AUGUCCAAAAGCUUGAAGAAGAAAAGUCACUGGACCAACAGAGCCCAUGACAUUGUGUUGUCCAGGGGUCCGAGUGGUGAGCCCGGGUUCGAGCUACAGGGAGGCGCGGAGAAUGGACAGUUCCCUGUUAUUGGGGAGGUGAAACUGGACAGGGGCAAACUGAAUCAGGACGAGAUACUUCUGGAAGUGAAUGACACCCCAGUUGCCGGACUGACCAUUAGGGAUGUGCGGGCUGUUGUCAGACACUGCAAAGACCCCGUCCGUCUGAAGUGUGUCAAACAGGGAGGUGUCGUGGAUAAAGAUCUCAGGCAGUAUCUCAACCUACGUUUCCAGAAAGGCUCACUGGAUCACGAGCUUCAACAGAUAAUUCGGGACAACCUUUAUCUUCGCACUGUACCCUGUACAACUAGGCAGCCUAAAGAAGGAGAAGUUCCAGGAGUAGACUACAACUUUGUGACCAUUGAGCAGUUUGUGGAAUUGGAGAGAAGUGGAGCUUUGCUGGAAAGUGGAACCUAUGAAGAUAACUAUUAUGGCACGCCCAAGCCCCCGGCAGAGCCCAGCCCACUUCUGCUGAAUGUAGCAGAGCAACUGUUGUCAGGCCCCACACCCAGAGCAGAGGGCAAACGCAGACGCAACAAAUCCGUCAGCAACAUGGAGAAGGCUGGCAUCGAGCCACCCGAGGAGGAAGAGGAGGAGAGGCACAUCGUCAACGGCAACGGAGUGGCCGUCACCCCAGAGUCCAGUGAGCAUGAAGACAAAAGUACUGAUGCUUCAGGAGAGAUGCCCACCACAAGCCCAUCCGAGACACCUACAGAUGCCCCUAAAGAAGACACAGAACCCCCGAAAUCUCCUCCCAAGCCGGAUGAGAAUGACGACAUGGGUUCUCUACCGGAUAACUGGGAGAUGGCUUACACAGAGAAAGGAGAGGUGUACUUUAUAGACCACAAUACAAAGACGACGUCGUGGUUGGAUCCCCGUCUCGCAAAGAAAGCGAAGCCCCCUGAAGAAUGCAAAGAGAACGAGCUUCCUUAUGGCUGGGAGAAAAUUGAUGACCCUAUUUACGGAACCUACUACGUUGAUCACAUAAACAGAAGGACUCAGUUUGAGAACCCCGUUCUAGAGGCCAAGAGAAGACUACAACAGCAACAGCAGAUGCAGAGUCAAGGCCUGUCCUCUCUCCCCCUACCUACUGUCUACAGAGAAAAGCCUCUAUUCACACGGGACCCCACACAGCUGAAGGGGAGUUUCCUUUCGACAGCCCUGCAGAAAAGCAACAUGGGAUUUGGCUUCACCAUCAUAGGCGGUGAUGAACCGGACGAGUUUCUGCAGGUCAAAAGUGUCAUACCCGACGGACCCGCAGCACAAGAUGGGAAAAUGGCUACAGGAGAUGUGAUCGUCUACAUCAGUGACGUCUGUGUCUUGGGCACCACCCAUGCCGAUGUGGUUAAACUUUUCCAGUCAGUCCCGAUUGGUCAGAGCGUAACCCUCGUCCUUUGCAGGGGUUACCCGCUUCCUUAUGAUCCUGAGGACGCAGCCAGUACCCUGCUCUCCCCUCUCGGCCUCAUUGAGCGCCCUCUACUGGUUAACGGGCGGAACAGCUAUGACAGCUACAUGGAGUACAUCUCCCGCACAGCUCGCUUCGUUGACCCCCUUCAAACGACGAUGGGACAGCCACACCCAAGCGACACCCACCUGGACGCUGGACCUCUCGAGGACAGCGUCUCCAUGGCAUCGUCAGGAGCAGCUGGAGGAGAGCUGCUGACGGUUACCAUGGUAAAGGGGGCGGAUGGUUUUGGAUUCACCAUAGCAGACAGUAAUGGAGGCCAGAGGGUGAAGCAGAUUCUAGAGGCCCAAGGAUGCCCGGGGCUGUGCGAGGGCGAUCUGAUUGUGGAGAUUAACCAGCAACCUGCAUUAACACUUUCACACACACAAGUGGUGGACCUGCUGAAGGAGUGUCCGGUUGGAGCAGAGGCCACGCUGGUCAUACAGAGAGGAGGGGCAGGUCACUUUUCACCUUGGAAAUCCUUUAAACAGGUUUUGGAGCAUUGGGAUCCUCACAGCAGUCCCACCACCAGUCUAUCUAUCCAUGCUCUUCCCCACAGUGCUCCGUAUCUACACUGGCCCUCAGGUCCAGAGUUUGACCUGGGCAAGCCUGACCCCUAUGACCUGUAUGAGAAGUACAGGGCUAUCUUUGAGAAUAGGCAGCCAGGGCUUCCUCGAACGGCCCUCCCUGCUGACCCCUCCGCGGAUGAGUCCCACGAGGUGGAGGUACAUCUGCGAAGACACAAGUCCGGUUUCGGCUUCAGGAUCCUGGGCGGAGAGGAACCAGGACAGCCUAUCCUGAUUGGUGCAAUUAUCGAGAAGAGCCCAGCAGAUAAAGAUGGGCGUCUCCGGCCUGGAGACGAGCUGACGUCAGUCAAUGGAAUCCCUGUGGCAGGAAAACCUCACCGUUAUGUCAUCGACCUGAUGCACGGAGCCGCCCGGAAUGGACAGGUUAAACUCACUGUGCGACGGAGAGUUCAGCCCACAGGAGAACCCUUUCCAGAGAAUGGCCGCAGUCCUGGAUCAACCCAGCACAGCUCCCCAAGGAGUGACUUCAACUCUAGAAUGUUCUCUAAUAACUCUGCCCUAUCCCAGAAUUCUGCCCCAUCCACCACAGGCUCCUCCCCACCAGAUACUGGAACCAAUCAGAAUCAGCAGCCAAGUGAAUUCACCAUCCAGCGCAAGGAGACUGAAGGAUUCGGAUUUGUUAUUAUCAGUUCACUGAACAGGCCUGAAACUGUACCCGCUGCUGCUGUGCCUCAUAAGAUUGGGCGAAUUAUUGAGGGAAGUCCAGCAGACCACAGUGGAAAACUGAAAGUUGGAGAUCGUAUACUGGCUGUCAACAAUCAGUCUAUCAUUAAUAUGCCGCACGCAGACAUCGUAAAACUGAUCAAGGAUGCGGGACUCAGUGUGACACUCAGGAUCAUCCCUCAGGAUGAGAUGAAUAGCACGCCCUCUGCAGGCAGCUCGGAGAAACAAAGCCCAAUGGCUCAACCCAGUCCAUUGUGCCAAUCCAGCACUGAGAACCAGACCAGUGCUGCUCCUCUAGCCAACUCCACCCCUCAAUCCAACUCUGCACCUCAGCCUAACUCAGAAGCACAACCCAGCCCUGUCAAUCAAACUAGCCCAGCCAAUCAGCCCAGCUCAGUGACCCAGCAAAACACGCCUACCCAGCCCUCAACAGUGCCAGUACAGAUCUACAGCCACGACAGUGGCUACAGGUCAGAAGUGAAAGCAAGACAGGAUGUAAAACCCGAUAUUCGGCAGCCAUUCACUGACUACCGUCAACCUCCAGUGGACUACAGACACCCUCCUGUAGCAGACUACAGACAGCCACCAACGCUUGAUUACAGGCACCCCCCACUGUUCGACUACAGACAGCUGUCCACUGACCCACGCACCUUUCCUUUACCAGACUACAGGAUGCCACAGGAUUUUGAUUUCUUCACGGUUGAGUUUGAAAAGGGUAUGAAAGGUUUUGGCUUCAGUAUCCGUGGAGGUCGCGAGUAUAAGAUGGACCUGUUCAUUCUACGAUUGGCUGAAGAUGGACCAGCUAUACGCAACGGGCGAAUGAGGGUUGGUGAUCAGAUCAUUGAGAUAAAUGGGGAGAGCACCAGAGACAUGACCCACGCUCGCGCAAUUGAGCUCAUCAAAUCAGGCGGCCACAGGGUUCGUCUGCUACUCAAGAGAGGCACAGGGCAGGUCCCUGAGUAUGAUAGUCCUACCUCCAGGGAUUCUCACACUACAACCUCCCCAAGUCUGUCGGAAGUAGCACCACCCCUUGACAGCUUGUCCAAUCCAUCAGCUUCUCAUGUGAACACACACCCUGAUCCACCUCAUACAUCUCCCUUGGAAGCAGCAGUUCCCGACGGUUCCCAUGGUCCUAGAGGCACAGAGAGUAGGGCUCUAGAGCAGGCCAGCAAUGGAAAGAAGUCAACCCUGGCAGGUGGAGUUGGGGGUGGAGGUGGGACCAAGUACAGGGAGGCAGGCAGGACCAACCGUCGCUCUAGCGGAGGGAAGGGUCACCAACAACAACACGCUGAUGAACUUGGGGGAGAACCCUAUGAGUCCAAACCCCUCAAAAGCAGUCAGGUGAAGUUCAAGGAGCGCAGGAGGGAACGGAGCAACACGCCCUCUCGAAAACGAGAGUCCCCUAAAAGUCCCCCACCAGACACCAAUAUAAAUGGGGGAAAUGGAUACCCUGAAGGUAAUGGCAACCAGCAAGUGGCUCCAGCGCAACUCAAAGCCCUACCGAAGGAGCCAGGGAAGGGUCAUGUCGAGAGUCGGUCUGACCGCAACUCCAAGAACAACAGCAGAAAUCCACCAGGCAGGAAAGCCACAGUUUCCCCAGGACCCUGGAAGAUCCCGGGUUCUGACAAGCUACCCAGCACCCUACGCUCAGCCACCUCGACUAUCGGCAGAUAACAUCUGAUCCCAGUCAAAGGCUCUUCACCUGGCUUGAUCUUAUUUUUCACAUUGACAUCAUAGGCCUGCUUGGUUCUACUCUUGGACCAAUUUCUGGCCAUUAUUCACCUUGUUUUCUGGGCCUGGAUGGUCUUGGGUUCUGCUUGAAUGCUUUUUACAGGCUUACUCUACUUGGUAGAGCUCGGUUUUAACCUUGUUUGACCAAGUGCCACGCUUUCCCACAACCCUCAUUAAAGACCUUUCCUUGCAUUUCUUGACAGAGCAUUUUUUAUUUAUAUUUAAUCUAAAUUAUUUUAAGAGAUAUAACACCCACCACCUUAAGAACUGGAAGCAUUCACUCCAUAAAAUGGAGCUGCGGUUGAGUGAGUGAUGCAUGUAGCGUGCAAUAAACCCCAUGAUGAUUUGAACUGUUGGGGAAAAGCACUCAGACAUACAGACUUACAUGCACAGGAGCAACUUACUGACUCUUGACCACCACUGGUGGAUACAUCAAUUUUUAUACUCUUUCAUUAAAAAAAUGAAGAAUAUGAAGGAGUUUGCUUGACGUUUUUUGUGUUAGAAUGAAAAUGAUAAAACAAAAAAAAAUCUAUAUAAGAAGUCACUCGACAAUGGAACUCUGCCUUAAAUAAAGACUCUAUUAACCUCCAACUGUCUGUAACAAAGGUCAGUAAAAUAAAUAUUGAAGUAAAUAUAAUAUAUGACAUAUAUGAAACAUAUUGUAAAUAUGGUCUUGAUACACCCAUGUGAGCCCAUACUGGAGUGUUGAAAUAAAACACAGUUAAUUGGAAGAGUAUAUACUAGAUUGGUCAGCUGCUCUGCCAGUCUUUCAAGGAGCCAAGGGGCUUUGACCAUUUCUUGACUCCGUCAUCACUGGCUUGAUCUAUUCUCCCUUUACCUAUCUACACAUAACCAAGCAAUUAGAAGGGCCAGAGAGGGUUUAGAUGAAACACAAAAUGGUUUUGAUUUGGGCAGAGUGCCUUAUGCAGACAGCUUGAAGCUUUAUUUGAGCUCCAUGUUCUAGGCAUGUAUUUGGAAAAUCAAGCUUAAACUGGUUGCUGUGUUUUGGAACAUGGUAGCUGGUCGACCGUCUUGGACCAGCAAGAAACCAAUUACCUUGUUCCAAAACACAGCAACCAUCGUAAAAUGGAUUUUCUUGCAGGAUUAAUUUUACAACAGAACUUAAUUCUGUAGCGACAACAAUGCCAGGACUGGAUGUGCAUGAUGUUACAUCCCUGUUUCUGAACGCAGAAUGGUCUCUAGUUCAGCUGUCAGGCUGGUUUUUGUCCACAGUAUAGAUGUAUUAAUAAAGGAUUAAAAUGCUAUUUUCAUACAUAGAUUAGAGGUGCUAGUCUUUUAAGAGAAGUGCAGAUAUUUAUUAAUGAUAUCUCUGAGUGGAGACAGGAGUUCAAGUGUUUGUUGAGCACUUUGUCUAUAAAUAGACAGUCAGUAGCUGUGAUAUAUAAAUGCAGUACUGGUAAGAGUAAUGCUGUGGAUCCAUGAUAUUCAUUGGAUAAUUUUGAAAGAGGUAAUUCUCAGAAACACACUAUAAAGAUCUCUUAAAUAUCACAUUUUGUAUAUAAACAGUUGUGUGUCUGUAAAGUCCCUUUCACAUGAAUUUCACAUGUGUUAAGGCUUUAAUGCACCUCUCAACACAAGGCUUUGACCUCCACAAAUAAAGCAUUGCAGAGAGCAUCACAGAAGGGCGAUUUACAAAGUUACUAUGUAACAAGAAGCUGUGAAGUGAAUGUAGUAAACAGUGAAAAUAGUAAAUGCAAAUGGUAACAUGUAUGACUGUCUACCUUUAUUUUUUCUCUAAAGGUUAUGACAUGUUUUUGAUGUGUCAUACAACCCUAUCUAGAUGUGCACAGGCCACGUCAUGAUACAUCACACAAAUUGUCCGGUAAUCAUUGGCCACACUUGAAAGGUGUGCAGCAACUCUGACGGCAUGUAACAACGCUUGACAUGCAGCAAAACUUUAGUUUGACAUUUCCAGUUCAUUGCAUUGGGGAACACUAACACAAAUCAUGUGAAAGGGCCUUAAAGUGUAACCAAAAUAUUGGAAAAUCACAUUUGUGCAAGUUACUUUACCACUGGUCAUUAAAUAAAACACCAUUUUGGUCACACUUAAAAAAUGUAAACACUUCAAGACACCAAAGGUGCUUCAUUGUGUAUUCAUAAUCAAGAAAUUGCAAUAUUGUCCAAAAUUAUGUGACAUUUUUCACUUCUUUGAUAAUUGUGUUCAUGUUAAUGACUUUAAUUUAUACGUGCCAACUCCAACCAAUUUUUAUAAAGAAACUAUUUCUUUGAAGUUCCUUUGCAAAGCACCCAAGAUAAGACCUCAUCUGUUCUCUCCAUUGUCAGAACAACCAUGUCUAUUAUAUUCAUUUCCCACAGAAAUAAAGCAGUGGUUCCACUGACACUCUUUGACAACUAUUGUAGAUGACAAGGAGAGCCGACAGCAAUCUUGUCAUUACAAGAGCGCAAACAUUUCCUCGAUUAAGAUAAAUUAAUUGAAGCACUCCAAUCGUGAUUGUGCCUUUGUGGCUUCGCCAUUAAAUUUGAGUGAUAUCUUCUUUCACAUCCUUAAAACCCUAGACAGACAUUGUCAAAUUUAAUGUUCAGUAUUUUCCAUAGAGCCCCAGCAAAAAUAUUAUGAGAUGGAUAAUUCCAUCUGAGCUAUAGACAUGAUCUGGGCAAUUUUGCUUAAAGAAUACAUUUUCUAAAGUCUUAAGGAUAGUGAGUAAGGCAUAUUAAGGCCAGAAACAUAUGCUUGUAUUCAUAUGCAAAUGGUCAGCCAAUGUAUUGCAAGCAUGCAAUCCCAUUCUAUCUACAGUACAUACAUAACGUCCAUUCUUGCAUUACGGUGGUGUCAACAAACCUCAUUUGAGAGGGUGAAAGAGUUACCCUCUUAUAUCUGUGCCAUUCAAAUGGAUGUGAGGUUAUUCAUGCAGCUAGCUAUACUUUUAUUUUAAAACCUGUUGCUCCAGCAUGACAGUAAAGGAAAAGAAACUUCUCCAUAGAAGAUGCUAAUGUCCACUAGUAUCCAACACUGGGGGUGUGAAUCACUUUUUGAACUGUGCUUUUUGAACAUUUCGGAAAUCAACGACCGGAAAGCAAGCUUGCAUAGCUAGAAGCAUUUGUAUUUACAUACUCAAGUAUGUUUCUGGCUUUAGAAUUUUUGUUGUCAUUAUGUAAAGUCAGUGAAUUUGUUUAAAAAGAGAAUAGUGUCUAUAUUGUCUUGAAUGAGUUUGCCAAAUGCUAAAGAGACUGAAAUGGAAUUUGAAACAAGAUGAUUUAUUGGUGGAGCCAGCGCAAUGACAUGCCCAACUGGGGCUCUGUAUCACUGUGUAGAACUUAAAAAACAGUGCAGUUCACUCUGUACAGCUGAACAUAUAAAUACAACACUAUGUAUAUGACCUAGUCAAAAAAAAAAACUAUAAGUGAACUACUAUUUUUAUUAAAUGCAACUCAAUGGAUAUAUACUUUGUUUUGCAGAGCUCUUGUUUACUGUAUGAUAUUUCCUGAAAUGCUGUCAAAUAAAACCUUGACAUGGUGUAAAGUAUUCAAGUAA